AUGAAGUCAAAGUGCUGCUGGCGGACCUUGGAAGAUGGAAGUGAAGAGAGGAAACGUGGCUUAAAAUGUCGUCCUGCAAAGGAAGAGACUCAGGUUAUGAGCAUAAGCCUCUCUUUGGGCCUGGUUCCUACAAUACUGACACUCUAUCUUUCUGCUGCAGGAAAAGAAGUUUGCUAUGAAAGAGUGGGGUGCUUUAAAGAUGGUUUGCCAUGGACUGGGACUCUGUCACGACAGUUGGCGGGUUUACCCUGGUCUCCAGAAGAGAUAAACACUCGCUUUCUGCUCUACACGAGACACAAUCCCAAAGCUUAUCAGGAGAUCAGUGCAGUUAAUUAUCGAACUAUCCAAGCCUCACACUUUGGAACCGACAAGAUGACCCGUAUCAACAUACCCGGAUGGAAAACAGAUGGAAAAUGGCAACAAGACAUGUGCAAUGUGCUACUCAAAGUGGAAGACGCGAACUGCAUUAACCUAGACUGGAUUAAUGGUUCCCUAGAAUACAUCCACGCCGUAAACAAUCUCCGCGUGGUCGGUGCCGAGGUGGCAUAUUUUAUCGAUGUUCUCAUGAAAAAAUUUGGAUAUUCUCCUUCAAAAGUGCACUUGAUCGGCCACAGUGUGGGGGCGCACCUGGCUGGGGAAGCCGGGUCAAGGGUCCCAGGUCUUGGAAGAAUAACGGGGUUGGACCCGGCUGGGCCAUAUUUCCACAACACUCCAAAGGAAGUAAGGCUGGACCCCUCGGAUGCCGACUUUGUCGAUGUUAUUCAUACAAAUGCAGUUCGCUUACUCUUUGAGUUUGGUGCUGGAACUAUUAAUGCUUGUGGUCACCUUGACUUUUACCCAAAUGGAGGGAAGCACAUGCCAGGAUGUGGAGACUUAAUUACACCUUUAUUUAACUUGGAUUUCAAUGCUUAUAAAGAAGACGUGGCUUCCUUCUUUGAAUGCGACCAUGCCCGAAGUCAUCGCUUUUAUAUUGAAAGCAUCCUCAAUCCUGAUGCAUUUAUUGCUUAUCCUUGUAGAUCCUACAAAUCUUUUAAAGCAGGAAAUUGCUUCCAUUGUCCCAAAGAAGGUUGCCCAACAAUGGGUCAUUUUGCUGAUAGAUUUCACCUCAAAAGUACGCAGUCUAAGAGAGUGUAUUAUUUUUUAAACACAGGGACUCUUUCCCCAUUUGCCCGUUGGAGUCACAAAUUAUCUGUCAAACUCAACGGAAACAACUUCACCCAAGGAAGCGUGUUUCUCCGUGUUGGUGGAACAACUGGAAAAACAGGGGUGUUUGUGAUAGCCAGUGGAACACUUAAGCCAGGCAUGACUUAUACAAAAUUAAUUGAUGCAGAUGUUAAUGUUGGAGAUGUUACAAAUAUUGAGUUCGUUUGGAAGAAACAUGUGUUUGGACCCUCUGAGAAUAAGUUGGGAGCAGAAAUGGUGAUAGAUGUAUCUGGGAAAUAUGGAUAUGAAUCUGCCUUCUGCAGCCAGGACAUUAUGGGUCCCAGUGUUGUCCAGAUCCUGAAACCAUGCCCAUCUCAGAUACAGUUUUGAUGGAUUUACUUAAUGCGAGCGUGAAAGAAUCUCCUUCUAGUUGGUAUCUGAACCAAGCAUGAAUGAGAUAGAAAAGUACAAUUGGUGUUUUCUAUGGAAGAUGUUUUUCUCUUUGAUAAACUUUGAAAGUGCCUUAAAAACAGGCUGAAUCCUAGGACAGAGUAUAGUAUGGUGAUCUGAAAAAAUCGGAGUACCAGGGACAAAAUAUAGCCAUGUGGGAAUUUCCCUGAAUGAGAAGAGGAGAUGCCCACGGCUGGUGGAAUAAAUUCACUGGGCAGAAGCGAGACUCUGGAUGAGUAUUCGAAGUACAUUUUAAGUAUUUCCAGGUCAAAUAAUCAUUGUUCUAAAAUGAUUUAAAGAAUAUUUAUUCUGUUGUUAAAUCUUGCUAAGAUAA